AUGGCCGUCAAGAAGAAGGGUGCUCAGACGGGGAAGCCAAGCUCUGCGAAGCAGUUCUUCUUUGUAAUGUUGCUGCUAGGGGCAGGCUUUUCAGCUGGCCUCCUAUUUCAAGGCAAGGCACGGCCCCCUCCUGGAAGCGGCUCAGAGAUGAUUCGCCGCUUUAGCGAAGAAGCUGCUUUUAGAGACGAGCGGGCGGCUUUAGUAGCUCGCUUGCAAAGUGCAGAGCAGCAGGAAGUCCUGGGUAGGGAGAGUAGCAUGGGCGGCGGCGCAGGCCCGGAAGCACCUCUCCCAGUGGUCGACAGACACGACCAACUAACUCCACAGCAACCCCAGGCUGCUGCAGGAAGCACAUUGACCUAUUCUCCAACAGCUGUCGAUGGCUCAGCCACUACUACUGGCAAUCAAGACAGCGUAACACGUGAAGCGCAUGAAGCACAGGGUGAUGUCGGUGAUGCGGAUAGUGUCGCCACAAGACCGGUCCAAAGGCGAGGGAGGGCUUUCGAGAUAAAUCGAGGACAUGUAUCCCAACCUCCAGCCACAGCUCUGCAACGGCGCUUGGGCUGCACGAACUGUUGCAACGAUGGCCACCAGAAUGGACCUUGCUUUGACGUGGAGGCUUGUGCUGCUGGCGUAACUGGUGGCAAGUAUGCUUUCGUUUACGCACAUGUAGGGGUUCCAGGUUGGCCUUGGCUCACCUUUUUGGACUCCAUGCGCGCGCAAGCCCUCCUCCUGGAGGAGACGACAGGCGGAAUCGUAGACAUCGUUGUUAUGAUGCCGGCGAAAGAUGUUAAGGAGUUGGGGUGUCAUCAGCGAGCGCUCGUGCACAACUACGGCAUCCGCAUCUAUGAAGUGCCAUGGACGAUUCCACCCAAUUCUUGGUAUCCGGACUACUGGUGGCCGGGCAAAGCAGAUGGAUGGUGCGGACCUCAAGAUUUGAUGCGUUUACAUGCAUUAGGAAUGGAUGAGUACAAUGCCGUGGUUUUCUAUGACCAAGAUGUAGAGUUCCAGGGAGAUAUGACUGCUGUCCUGAAGUGCGCCGCAAAAGGCUACUUUAUCAGUGCUAGUGGCGGAGUAGGCGAGCCAUUCAACGUGGGCUUUUUUGCCCUUCGCCCGGACAAGAGGCUGUUGCGAGCCGCUGAAUUUUUUGGUGCAAACGUGACGUUUACCGUUGCGACCGGCUGGGGGCGAUGUGGUUUUCUUCCAAGUGGGAAUAAGUUUGUGGGUGCAGAGUGUGGGCAAGGUUUUUUCCACACCCUUUUCUACAAGAAGUGCAAGCCUGUCGAGACAUCCCUGGUCGCAGCCGGCCUGCACGACUCCGCCGGCAAAGCCUACUUGCACCUGGAGUCUGUUAUGGUCGACCGGUGCAUAUGGAAUUAUCAGAACGAUGGUGACUGCGGUGGCAAUCCUCGCUUCGACUGUAACGCCAUUCGUGUGCACCACAAGCCGACAAGCAAGCCGGAGAAUGACAGACUUUGCGGCAAACUGAAGCAUCACCACGGCGGCUGGAGUGGGGAGCCAAGGUCUCCUUUCCUUCCUCCACCUGGCCCCCCGUCGCACCUCAGCCGAGGCCGAGGUGCUAGCGGUGAUUGCGUCAAAGAAUGCGUGGAUGUUGGCAACAACUGUAUCUGCAACAACCCCACGCCUCCUGCACAUCACAUCAAAGUUGUCACGGUCUCCAAGACGCUGGUGCAUUGCCAGACGAAGGUGAAAAGCUCCAGCAACGACCGAUUCGAGGUGAAAGUGACGGGGCCUUCUCAGCUGACCGUGACCCGGGUCGACGCACCGUCCUGUCAUGGGCCGCCACAAGAAUCCCAGGCGCUUGAUCGAGGCUCUGCAACCCAUCGCAUCCGAAGGUCUUAA